CACUGCUCGGGAGUGCCACUCACUGGCGGCAAGAAGCCAGGAGACUGGCAUUUCCAGCACCAGACAAAGAAAGGCCUGUUGAUCUUUGACCCCCACCUUCCAGGAGCCUUGGCCCUCCCUCCAUCCCUCCCACCUUUCUUCCCUGCUGGCCUUUCCCUCUGUUCUCGGUCUCCUCAUUCCCUGGCACCCUUGCUCUGACUGCCAGUUUUUCCCAGCUCCUUGCCCAGACCAAUCCUUCCAUGCUGUCUUCAAGCCCUCCUUCCUGCACGUCUCCCAACCCGGACAAGGAGAAUCCAAGUAAAAAUGUCCAGUGGGCUUCCGGGAGGAGAAGGAUAUCAUCCUCAGACUCAGAGUCAAAGUCCCACUCCGACCCCGCCAAAGCCUCCAGGUCCCGGAGAUCCAGCCGGCUGACGGUGAAGUAUGACCGGGGGCAGCUCCAGCGCUGGCUGGAGAUGGAGCAGUGGGUAGACGCCCAGGUUCAGGAGCUCUUCCAGGAUCACCCAACUCCUUCUGAGACUUCUGAGCCUGAGAUUGACCUGGAGGCUCUCAUGGAACUAUCCACAGAGGAGCAGAAGACUCAGCUGGAGGCAAUUCUCCAAAACUGCCCCCGCCCCACAGAGCCUUUUAUCUCUGAGCUGCUCAGUCAACUCAAGAAACUUCGGAGACUCAGUCGGCCUCAGAAAUAAGCCACCUUCAUCAGCCUCAGUACUGCCAGGUCGGCCCUGAACCUCUGGAUCCUGGGCUGAGAGGAAAACAGCUCCUUGGGACACUGACAAGGAAUAUGGAGAAUGAAGAGGGACAUUUGGACACCCCUGUGUAUGUGCAGUCACAGCUAGUUCCUGUCAGCUGGGCUUUCUGGAAGCCAGUCAUGGCUGUUGCCCAGUGCUUUCCUUGGCAGCCAAGUAGAUAAAAUCUUCAGGAGCCCCA